CACUCUCAACUCAGUUCCAAUACUGGAGACAGCGAGAGAUUGUUGUUGAUCAAUGGCGACGCUUCGAAAUUUGAAGAUCAAGACGAGCACGUGCAAGCGCGUGCUCAAGGAGCUCCAUUACUACGAGAAGGAGGUCGAGAGAGAAGCGGCGAAGACCGCCGACAUGAAGGAGAAAGGCGCCGAUCCCUACGAUCUCAAGCAGCAGGAGAAUGUGCUGGCAGAGUCAAGAAUGAUGGUCCCCGAUUGCCGCAAAAGACUGGAGUCCUCCCUUGCAGACUUGAAGGCAACACUGGUAGAGGUUAAGGAGUCAAACCAAGAAGGCACAGAGAUAAAUGAAGCUGAAGCCAGCAUUGCAGAGGUUGAAGCCUUCUUUCAAACAGCAGAAGAUUAGUCUGUGGCUUGUUCUGUGUGCUCCUAUUAAAUACUGAAUCCCAGAAACCAAACCAAAAAAAAAAAAAAAAAAAAAAA